AUGAUCGACCUAUCCCCCAGGAUCAUCGACACAACAGCCGCCAUCGGCGAACUGGUUGAGCUGCUCAUAGACGUUCCCAACAAUCCUCCAUCCAUCUACGUCGACCUAGAAGGCAUCAAUCUCUCUCGCCACGGCUCAAUCUCAAUCAUGCAAAUCUACUUGUUCCCCAGGAAUGAAGUGUACCUCAUUUAUGUCCAUACUCUAGGGCAGGACGCCUUCUCACACCCCUCUACAAGCGGUGCGACGCUCAAAGGAAUACUAGAAGACGAAAGCAUUCAGAAGGCCCUUGUUGAUGCUCGCAACGAUUCCGACGCAUUAUAUGCCCACUUUCGCGUUCACCUCGCAGGCAUCCAGGAUAUCCAGCUCCUUGAGCUCGCAACUCGGAGUGGGUCAAGAAGAUUCAUAAACGGCCUUGCCCGGUGUAUUGAACGUGAUGCAAGCUUGACGCGGUCUGAAGCUAGCGCGUGGAAAAUUAUCAAGGAUAAUGGACGACGGUUGUUUGCGCCCGAACGCGGGGGAUCUUAUGAGGUUUUCAAUUCCCGGCCCUUGUCAGAGACUAUUAUCAAGUACUGUGCUCAGGAUGUUCGGAUCCUCCCCAAGUUGUGGGCGUUCUACAAUGGUAAGUUGGGUGGGAGGCUUAGAGGAAAGCUCGAGGUCGCAACAAGCGAUAGGAUCAAUGUUUGCUUCCAGGCUGAGUAUACGGGUGUUGGGAGGCAUAUGGCUGAGUCUCCUUCGGGCUUGGUGUGA